AUGCCUGUGUACCCUGUUCUUGCCCUGGACGCUAUAUUCCAACAACCGAUGCUGUACCUUGUCCAUGACCACGACGAUCAUCCAUUACCGUGUCCCGACUCGUGUCCACACCACGAGACUGCCACAUCGGCCGUGCGCAACCUGAACAACGUCGACGUCGGCGGACGCCCGCUGCGGAUCGACCUCGCGGACUCGGACCCGUUCCUCGAGGGUAAGACGACCGUGCGAGGCGAGCUGCUCGACGGUGACACCCGCCCUCCGCAUCCGCACUGGCGCGAACGGGAGCGGGACGAGCCUCGGGGCAAGCGCGGAGGCGGUGGCGGCGGUGGCGGCGGAGGAGGCGGACCACAUGACGCGUUCUUGGCGCAGCUGCCCAAGGGGGUGCCGGUCCCGCCUGGCUUGACCGCGCUGGACAUGAUCAGCCAGACGCUUGCGACGAUCGCGCCUGCGCAGGUCGUGGAGGUGCUCGCGCAUUUGAACACGUCAAUCAACUCUUCCUGUAGUGAACUUGUGUUAAUUCCUCCUUAUGUGACACGUAGAUGGCACAGCGUGCUUGCCUCAGCCAUGUUGUAUGGGACAUUGCCCACUGCAAACCGCGCAUACCGGUGGUCAGCUGGAACGUCUGCAUGCGACGGACACAGAAACGCACCGAAUACGACUUUGCUCAUCUCUGCACACACGCUGGAGUAG